GGGCGCUGGGGCUGGCCGGGCUCUUUUGUUCGACGGAGGCGGACGGAGAAGCCGCCAGGCCCGCGGCGCCCGCCCGACGUGCCGCGCCCGCCGCCGCCGCGCCCAGCAGGCCCCUUCCCCUCCGGUGCCGUUGGCGGGGCUGUGCAAGCAGCGUCGCCCGUAAGCUGAAAAGCUGGCCAGCACAAUGGGAAAAAAGCAGAACAAGAAGAAAGUGGAAGAGGUCUUAGAGGAAGAAGAGGAGGAGUAUGUGGUGGAGAAGGUCCUGGAUCGGCGAGUGGUAAAGGGCAAAGUGGAGUAUCUGCUGAAGUGGAAAGGCUUCUCAGAUGAGGAUAACACAUGGGAGCCAGAAGAGAACCUUGACUGCCCAGACCUCAUUGCAGAGUUCCUUCAAUCCCAGAAAACUGCACACGAGACUGAGAAGUCUGAGGGAAGCAAACGCAAAGCAGAAUCUGACACGGAAGAUAAAGGGGAGGAGAGCAAACCAAAGAAGAAGAAGGAGGAGUCGGAGAAACCACGAGGCUUUGCCCGGGGGUUUGAGCCAGAGAGGAUCAUUGGUGCCACAGAUUCCAGCGGGGAGCUCAUGUUCCUGAUGAAGUGGAAGAACUCUGACGAGGCCGACCUGGUGCCUGCAAAGGAAGCCAACAUCAAGUGCCCCCAGGUGGUCAUCUCAUUCUAUGAGGAGAGGUUGACAUGGCAUUCCUACCCCUCAGAGGAUGAUGACAAGAAAGAGGACAAGAACUAACCCCUGGCACCCACUCUGGCCAGCCUUUGUAUAAAGAUCUGAACUGUGGGUUUGAGCAAGAGGGAGAGAACGCAGCUCUACUCGGUUGGGAGCGUAGAGAUGGCUGGAGAAGAUGCCCUUUGAAGAGACCAGUAUGGUUUCUGUGCCCUGCAGCUGCUCAAUUGCUCUGUGCAGCUUCAUGCUGCGUACAGAUUCAAACCAGCCCGGCUUGAUUGGGGGGAGGGAAGGGCAGGGGAUACCGGGAUUUGGGGGGUUGGGAUGUUUGUUUCAAGGCUGUCUAUUUUGCAGCUUAUGGGAGAGGAAACAAAACCCCUUCCAUGAAGGACUAUCACUGGUGAUGGGUGGGCUGGGGAAAGGGAGUGCAGAUGGAUACUGCUUCUUCUUCAAAGACCAUCUCGGCAACCCACAGCCUUCUUCCCAAUAGUGUUAACUCUGCAUUUUUACGGCGUAGCAUGUGUGUAGGUUUUUUCUUUUGCUAUUUACUGGUGUAUCAGUUUGGGGG